AUGACGAAUUCAAAGUUGUUGAAAUGCAUGUUCGGUGUUAUUUGUUUGGUUUUAAGCGUGGUACGGAUGGUCGCCGCUGUUCCGGUGCUGAAAUCGGGCCCCGGAAUAGAAAUCAUGCCAGCCGCAUAUUCCCCAGAUGGGAAUCUUAACUUCGUCGUUGUAGACGAGAACAAAGGUGUGCUUAAACUUUCAGACGUGAAUACCAACAGCCCCCCGCCGGUACAACCUCAGGAACAACAGCAGCAACCUCAGAUCCGGUAUCAACAGCCGGUGGCUCAACAACCCCAGAUCCAGUAUCAACCAGCAGCACCGCAACAAACGCAGUAUCAGCCCUACUAUCAGACAGUGUACCAACAGCAACCGGAAUAUGUACAGCCCGCACAAUAUCCGGCACCACCACCCGGUUACUCGUCUCAACCCGCUGGUCCCUAUUAUUCCAGUGUCCGUCCAGUGGGUGAAAGAGAUGGAUUCUUAGGCGGUUUUUCGGGACCGAACAGUUCGCGAUAUUCUCCCCUUGGUGCGCUCGGUUCUAUCGGUUCCUCACUGCAGUCAAGCGUAUCUACCGGAGCGUCAUUGCUUGGUGCAGCCCUAUUAAUUGGAUGA